AUGGCGAUAAUAACAUUUCUACUCUAUCAACCAGAAGUACAAUCCUUGCUGACGUUCUUCGUUUCAAUUAUUAUAUUGAUUCUUUCGGCCUAUUCAAUUCUUGUACCAACAUUUAUUUGGGCUUGGAUAUCAGGAAAUUAUGUAUCUCUUUUAUUGUAUUUUAUCGGUGUUUUUAUUUUAAUGCGAUGGUUAGCUCGAGGUGGUCAAUAUUUAGAUAUUGAAAAAGCUAACCUUGAAGGGCAAACAUUUUUAAUUACUGGUGCUGGUGGUGGCAUUGGUAAAGAAACAGCGAUUGAAUUGGUAAAACGUGGUGCACGAGUCAUUCUUUUUGCACGCGUAGGGAAUCUAUCUGAAGCUGUACGUGAUGUAACAAGAGCAGCACGAUCACCAGCAAACGUUGUUGGCUAUGUGUUGGAUUUAUCUGAUUUACGGUCAAUAAAAUUAUGUGUUGAACAAUUUAUGAAAACUGAAGAUGCAAAUAGACCAAUCGCAGCUUUAAUUAAUAAUGCUGGUGUUAUGGCUUGCCCUUACUUGAAAACUAAGGAUGAUUUUGAAUUACAAAUGGGCACCAAUCAUUUCGGCCAUUUUUAUUUCACAAAACUACUUUUACCACGUCUUCAUUCUUCACGUAUUGUAAAUGUUUCAUCCACUGCACAUGCCUUAUGGCAAGUACCUUGCGAUGCAUCACAUUAUGCUCAAAUGUGUAAUCCAAAUACGUAUAAUCGUAUGUCAGCAUAUUCAUUAAGUAAAUCAGCAAAUAUUUUAUUUACUCGUGAACUACAACGACGUUACGCUGAGUCACAUAAAAUACGUUCUUACGCAUUGCAUCCCGGUGGAGUCAAUACACAUUUAGAUCGUCACAUGGGCGCUGGUAAGGUUAUACGUACAUUGGUCAAUCCAAUAAGAUAUUUACUAUUCAAAACACCGUUAGAAGGAGCACAAACAAAUCUUUAUUGUGCAUUAUCAAAUAAUGCGAAAGCAGGUGCUUAUCAUUCAGAUUGUCAACCUAUAUCAGUAAUUAAUAAAUAUCUGGAAGAUGAUAAAAUAGCCAGUGAAUGGUGGGAUUACUCAGAGAAACUCAUUACUGAUAAACUAAAUAAUAUUUGA